AGCUGAACCGGCGAGGAGGAGCACGUACUACGUACGUCGAAUUACGCCACACAGCUUCCGAUGGGCAUGGCGAUUAUUCAGGCGAGAACGUGGGUGGUUUUCCUGCUGCUCGCGCUUCUGUCGCCUUCGUGGCCCGUCGCCGAGGCGUCGCACCACGUCUCCCCCGACCUGCAGUCCCUCGACGCCGGCCUCGCCGCCGACGCGCUCCGCACCGGCUACCACUUCCAGCCCCCCAUGCACUGGAUCAACGAUCCUAAUGGCGUGAUGUACUACAAGGGCGUGUACCACCUGUUCUACCAGUACAACCCCAAGGCGGCGGUGUGGGGCAACAUCGUGUGGGCGCACGCCGUGUCGACGGACCUCGUGAACUGGGUCAUGCUGGAGCCGGCCAUCUACCCGACGGCGCCCUUCGACGUCAACGGCUGCUGGUCGGGCUCCGCCACCGUGCUCCCCGACGGCCGGCCCGCCAUCAUGUACACCGGCAUCGACGGCGACGGCCGGCAGGUGCAGAACGUCGCGUACCCGAAGGACCUCUCCGACCCUUACCUCCGUGAGUGGGUCAAGCCGGACUACAACCCCGUCAUCCCCCCUGGCUCCGGGGUGAACGCCACCGCGUUCCGCGACCCGACCACGGCGUGGCUGGGCCCCGACGGGCUCUGGCGCCUCGUGGUCGGCACCAAGGACAACCACCGCGGCCUCGCCGUGCUCUACCGCAGCCGGGACUUCCAGAGCUGGGCGCCCGCAGAGGGUGGCCCUCUGCACCACGGCGACACCGGCAUGUGGGAGUGCCCGGACUUCUACCCCGUCGGCGACGGCGCCCAGACCAAGCACGUGCUCAAGGUGAGCCUCGACCUGACGCGGUUCGAGUACUACACGUUCGGCUCCUACGACCACGCCAAUGACACGUACGUCCCUGACGCGGCGCUGGCCGACGGGGAACGCGGGCUCCGGUACGACUACGGCAACUUCUACGCGUCCAAGACGUUCCUCGACACGGCGAAUAAGCCGCGGCGCGUGCUGUGGGGCUGGGCCAACGAGUCCGACUCCACGGCCGACGACGUCAGGAAGGGCUGGGCCGGCGUGCAGGCCAUCCCGAGGAAGCUCUGGCUCGCGCCGGACGGCAAGCAGCUCAUGCAGUGGCCCGUGGCCGAGGUCGAGUCCCUCCGGGGCAACCACGUCAACAUCACCGACAGGCUCGUGGAGGCCGGGAGUUACUUCGAGGUCCAGGGGCUCAUGAUCCCGGCGCAGGCGGACGUGGAGGUGUCGUUCGCGGUGGUUGGCGGGCUGGACAAGGCCGAGCCGUUCGACCCGGCGUGGCGCGGGGCCGACGCGCAGACGGUGUGCGCGGCGCGGGGCGCGGACGCGGAGGGCGGCGUCGGCCCGUUCGGGCUGUGGGUGCUCGCGUCCGACCAGCUCAAGGAGAGGACGGCCGUCUUCUUCAGGGUAUUCAACGACGACGGCAAGCACGUCGUGCUCAUGUGCAACGACCCUUCCAGGUCGUCAUACGCCGACCACCUCUACAAGCCCACUUUUGCCGGCUUCAUCGACGUCGACCUCGCCAAGACCGGCGGCAAGAUUCCUCUCAGAACCUUGAUCGACCACUCCAUGGUGGAGAGCUUCGGAGGCCACGGCAAGAUGAGCAUCCUGUCCCGUGUGUACCCGACGCAGGCCGUCGGAGACAAGGCGCGCCUCUACGUGUUCAACAACGGCGAGACGGACGUCAAGGUCACGCACCUCAAUGCCUACGACAUGCGCUCGGCCAAGAUCAGCACGGAGAUCGAUCGAUGAACACAUGUGGGCUUUUUUUCCGACUCGCACACAUGUGGCCAGUGGCCUUGGUUUGUAGUAUUCCGUAUUAGUUACUCGAUUACAUGUUCUGUUCGUGUAUAUAUAUGGGGAGAUCCUCAUCUUUAGCACUCAUAAAUUUGUCGAUAAAAUUGACGUGCCAAUUUUCUAUCUUCGUUCACUCAGCCUGCUUCCAAUGGU